UCUCUUCUUCGGACGUGUUUCCGCUUUGACUUCAGCGUGCGUUAAGCUAAGUGAGCAAAACAUGUUUUGAUUAUUUUAUUUAACGUUAUAUGGUGUGUGUGUGUGUGGAAAAGAAAGCCACAGAUAAAUAUUUUGACAGGACUACGGAGGGAUGGACGUAUCCAUUAAGCGUCCUUACUGGAAACCUGUGAGCUACAACUCAGACUAACAUCUCAUUUGUAGCUGAAGUUAGCGAGCUACCAUCAUAACAACAUUAACAACAACAACGUUGUUUUAAUAAGCGGCACCAUGGCCAAUCUAGAGCAGUGGGUGAAUGACCGUCUCCAUGACAUCCUCGGGUUGAGUGACAGAUAUGUGUCCCAGUUCAUGAUCGGCACUGCACGGAAAGCGUCAAGUUGUCAAGACUUUGUGGCUCGUCUUGAGCAGACGGGCACAAUCGACAUCGACCAGAGUGUGAUUGCCUUUGCGCAAGAGCUCUUUGACAAGAUUCCUCGUAAGCAGGUUGUUGAGAAACCGGCCCGGGCGAUGGAGCGGGAAGCCAUUGAAAUGGACCGGAGGAAUCGGACGUACACGUUGCUGGACGACAGCGAGAGUGAUGGAGAGUCUGUGAGGGAGAAGCAGAAAGGGAAAAAGAAAAGCAAAGACAAAGACAGAGGAAACAAGAGGAAGCACAUCAGACAGAAGAAAGAGAGCGAGUCGUCGAGUGAGGAUGAAGCAGCUAAAAGUGGAAAUUCAGGCAACAAGGACCAAAAGUCUGCCAAGGAAGAGGAGGAGGAAGAGGAAGACUGGGAGAAGGAAGAGAGAGAGCGACAGCAAGACAUUGAAGAGAGAGAUGCGUUUGCAGAGCGAGUGAAGCAGAAAGACAAAGACAAAACGCGCAACAUAACAGAGCGGACGGACAAAAAGGCUUAUGAGGAAGCUCAGAAGAGGCUGAAGCUGGCAGAAGACGAUCAGAAGAACAUGUUGCCAGAGUUGAGGAAGCGCUCUCGCUGGGACUAUCUAAAGAAGAGAGAGUCGGAGAAGCUGGAGGACCUGGAGGCAGAGAUCAAUGACGACGAGUAUCUUUUCGCCACAGACGAGCUGACUCAGAGGGAGAAAAAGGAGUUGGAAUACAAACGCACCCUUCGGGACCUAGCUAAAGAUUACAAAAAGGCUGGUGCUAGGGAACAGGAGGAGAGGAAGAACAGAUACUAUAUGCCAGAAGAGAAGAGAAGCAAGGAGCUGCCCCAGAGGGACCUGGAGCUGGAGGAAACUCCUAUGGAACUGGGUGGAGAGCAGGGUCGCUGGGAGGAGGAGAGGCUGAAGACAGCAUCCCUCAGCUUCGGGGCCAAGAGGGAGCGAGAGCAAGGGAUGAGGUACGAGCAGGAGAAGUACCAGCUGCUCCUGGAGGAAGAUGAGAUGAUCGAGUUUGUCAGCACUGCUAUGACCAUGAAGGGAACUCGGGCGGAAAAGGAUCAGGACGCCCCGGCUCUGUCCCAGGCAGAGCUGAACAAACAGUCCAUGCAGGAGGUCCGGCGCAGCCUGCCCAUCUUCCCCUACAGGGAGGACCUAUUAGCUGCCAUCAAUGAGCACCAGAUCCUGGUCAUUGAGGGGGAGACGGGCUCAGGAAAGACCACCCAGAUCCCACAGUACCUCUUGGAAGAUGGCUACACUAAUGGAGGCAUGAAGAUCGGAUGUACACAGCCUCGCAGAGUGGCAGCUAUGUCGGUGGCAGCCAGAGUGGCACAGGAAAUGGGCGUCAAGCUUGGGAAUGAGGUGGGUUACAGUAUUCGUUUUGAGGACUGCACGUCAGAGAGAACAGUGCUCAAGUACAUGACAGACGGCAUGCUGCUCCGAGAGUUUCUCACAGAGCCCGACCUGGCCAGCUACAGUGUGAUCAUCAUAGAUGAGGCCCACGAGAGAACGCUCCACACAGACAUCCUGUUUGGUCUGAUUAAGGACAUCGCCAGGUUUAGGUCAGACCUGAAGGUGCUGGUGGCCAGCGCCACUCUGGACACCGAGCGCUUCUCCUGCUUCUUUGACGAGGCACCUGUCUUCAGGAUUCCAGGCAGGAGGUUCCCCGUCGAUAUCUUCUACACUAAAGCUCCAGAGGCAGACUACCUGGAAGCUUGUGUGGUGUCAGUACUACAGAUCCAUGUCACCCAGGCUCCUGGAGACGUUCUGGUUUUCCUCACUGGACAGGAGGAGAUUGAAGCCUGUUGUGAGAUGCUCCAGGAGAGAUGCAGGCGCCUUGGAUCUAAGAUAGCAGAGCUGCUGGUCCUUCCCAUCUACGCCAACCUGCCAUCAGACAUGCAGGCAAAGAUCUUCAAUCCCACGCCACCUGGAGCCCGUAAGGUGGUGGUGGCUACCAAUAUAGCAGAAACCUCACUGACCAUAGAUGGCAUCAUCUACGUCAUUGACCCAGGCUUCUGCAAACAGAAGAGUUACAAUGCCCGCACUGGCAUGGAGUCACUCAUUGUAACGCCCUGCUCACGGGCUUCGGCCAACCAGAGAGCAGGCCGUGCAGGCAGAGUGGCUGCUGGGAAGUGUUUCAGGCUUUACACAGCCUGGGCAUUUAAACAUGAGAUGGAGGAAACAACUGUGCCUGAGAUUCAGAGGACCAACUUGGGAAAUGUAGUCCUGCUGCUGAAGAGUUUAGGCAUCAAUGAUCUCAUUCACUUUGACUUUAUGGACCCACCUCCUCAUGAGACUCUGGUCUUAGCGCUGGAGCAGCUGUACGCCCUGGGAGCACUCAACCACAUGGGAGAGCUCACUAAGCUGGGUCGCAGGAUGGCUGAGCUACCAGUGGACCCCAUGCUGAGCAAGAUGAUCCUGGCCUCCGAGCAGUACAAGUGUUCGGAAGAAGUGUUGACAAUAGCGGCCAUGCUGUCGGUAAACAACUCUAUUUUUUACCGGCCUAAAGACAAGGUGGUGCACGCCGACAACGCCAGGAUGAACUUUGUGGUGCCAGGGGGAGACCACCUUGUGCUGCUUAACGUCUACACACAGUGGUUGGAGAGCGGCUACUCCACACAGUGGUGCUAUGAGAACUUCAUCCAGUUCCGCUCCAUGAGAAGAGCCCGGGACGUCAGGGACCAGCUGGAGGGUCUGAUGGAUCGUAUUGAGGUGGAGGUGGUCAGCUCCCAGGGAGACAGCUUGCCCAUUCGCAAGGCGGUAACCGCAGGAUACUUCUAUCACACAGCACGCCUGAGCAAAGGCGGCUACAAGACGGUGAAACACCAGCAGACGGUCUACGUCCACCCCAACAGCUCUCUGUUCGAGGAGCAGCCCCGCUGGCUCAUCUACCACGAGCUAGUCUUCACCACCAAGGAGUUCAUGAGACAGGUGAUUGAGAUAGAGAGCGGCUGGCUGCUUGAAGUGGCUCCUCACUACUACAAGAGCAAAGAGCUGGAGGACAGCAGCAGCAAGAAGAUGCCCCGCAAGCAGGGUAAAACAAAAGAGGAGCUGGGCUGAAGAGGAGACCAAGGCUCAGGGGACAGAUGGCAAAAGGAAACACUCUCUUCCUCUCUCAGGGCAGGGUAAAAAUAGAAAUAUGACUUUGGAAGUAUAGAAAUUGCAUAAAAAUAAAGAGGAAAUCUGUGGAAAAUGUAGUUGUUUGGUACUAGUUCAGUACAUAAACAGCUACAUGGUUCUCGCCUGUCUUCACAUGUGAAAUUGUUUUCUGCUGUAGAUUGAUACGCCAUUUUUAAUUGUGCUCAAACAGUAUCAGCAUUCAACAUAUUAAAUCUGGCUGCACAAAGUAGUCUGAACACAGAUGCGUGGAGCAGAGAGAUGGGUCCAGUGAGAAGUGGGUCACAAACUUACUGACCGGUUUAAUCAUAAACCAGCCGUGUCAUCUGGGCAACAACGAGGAAACAUUAAUGCACUUGGAUCUGAGUUUCCUGCAUCAACAGCAGCAGUACAGACUCACUGGGUGGCUUUUUCAGCUCAUUAAUGAACGCGAGACUGUUGUCCUACUUCUCCCCCUAAAUAAAGGGGCUUUGUCGAAGUGUGCAUUUGUGGACACAGCACACUGUUAAAGUGUGCAAAUUGAUUUUUGACUGGAAAGACUUAUUUCAAAAUAAUGAGUUUCAUUCUUGUGUGAAGCUCCUUAUCUUGUUUAUUUUCAUUUUUCUACGACAAUAAAGUUUUACAACCA